AGAACAAGCAAGGUCAAGCAUUGAAGUUCCUUCCACAGCCGCAUUUCAGAUUUAUUCAUACCCACUCCGUGCCUUCCAUGCCUCCAUCAACCCCUUACCAAAUCCGUCUCUAGCUACUAGAAGGUCACAUUUCUUCAUGCAAACAAUUCUCUCAUGCAUCACAUCCCUCCCUCAUGCCUCAACCAAAACUUCUAUAAAAAACUGGGAAAAAGCCCGAGACCAGGACAGACAAGGCUCUGGUUGGCCAAAAUACUAACCAAUGCCGACGGCGCGAGCUCUCAUGCUCUCUCGAAGCAAAACCUACCGCUGACAACAGCUUCCACCGCAUUGUUCAUUUAAGCGUAUUUCAAGGCGAGGGAACCGGGAAUGUUGAAGAAACUUGGGAGGAGAGUUGGUAGGCUCACAAGCCAUUUAAUCUCCCAAACCCUCAAGAAAAGGAAGCGACGCCCCAGGCCCGCUUCCCCAAGCCCAGUUCCGCUCCCUUCCCCGUCUCCUCCUCCUCCUCCUCCUCCUCCUUCCCCUCCCAAGAUGUCUCGCCCUUUCCUCUUCCCAAAAGCCCAAUCCACCGUCCUCCCUGACCCCUCCGCCUUCUUUUCCCCACACCUCCUCUCCUCCCCUCUCCCCACGAACUCCUUCUUCCAAAACUUCGUCCUCAAGAACGGAGACCAGCCCGAAUACAUCCACCCUUAUCUCAUCAAAUCCUCCAACUCCUCCCUCUCCAUCUCCUUCCCUUCUCGCUUCGCCACGCCUUCUUUCAUCUACCAAACCUUCAACGCGGAUCUCAUCAUCUCCUCCUCCAAUUCCUCCAGAAACCACAUCAUCUCUUCUUUCAACGAUCUCAGCGUGACCCUGGACCUCCCUCCCUCCCUCCGCUUCUUCCUCGUCCGCGGCAGCCCCUUCGUCACCUGCUCCACCCUCGCCGCCCCCGCCCCGAUCUCCAUCUCCACCAUCCACGCUAUCCUCUCCGUCACCUCCAACCCUUCCUCCACCAAGCACACCUUCCGCCUCAACAGCGACCAGACCUUCGUCUGCUACUCCUCGUCGCCGCUCUACCUCACCCAGUCCAACGUCUCCCUGCUCACCGCCCAGAAUUUCUCCGGCGUCAUCCGGAUCGCGUUCCUCCCGGACCCCAGCUAUGAGUCGGUUCUCGAUCGGUUCUCCGCCUGCUACCCGGUAUCCGGUGACGCCUCCUUUUCUCGACCCUUCUGUUUGGAGUACAGGUGGGAGACGAAGGGAUGGGGCGAUCUCCUCCUCCUCGCCCACCCCCUCCAUCUCCGCCUCCUCUCGACUGAUGAUUCGUGCGUCACCGUGUUGGGGGAUUUCAAGUACCGAAGCAUCGACGGGGACCUUGUCGGAGUGGUCGGAGCCUCGUGGAUCUUGAAAACCGACCCUGUCUCGCUCACCUGGCAUUCGAUCAAGGGCGUGACCGAGGACAGUUAUCCGGAGAUCAUCUCCGCCCUGUCCGAGGAUGUCGGCGCUCUGAGCUCGAUCGCUACUUCUUCGUCAUACUUUUACGGGAAGGCCGUCGCCCGGGCUGCCCGUCUGGCUCUGAUUGCAGAAGAGGCCUGCUUUCCGGAUGUCAUUCCGGCAGUGCAGUCCUUCUUGGGGAACUCCAUCGCGCCGUGGUUGGAUGGGAGCUUCAACGGGAAUGGUUUCCUCUAUGACCCUAAAUGGGGCGGCCUCGUCACCAAUCAGGGGUCGGUGGACUCCGGUGCGGAUUUUGGAUUUGGAGUUUUCAAUGAUCACCAUUACCACCUGGGUUACUUCCUCUAUGCGAUAGCCGUGUUGGCAAAGAUCGACCCUGCUUGGGGGAGGAAGUACAGGCGACAGGCUUAUGCCUUGAUGGCGGACUUCAUGACCUUGGCUCGGAAGCCAGAAGCCAAUUAUGCUCGAUUGAGGUGCUUCGAUCUAUGGUUGCUGCAUUCUUGGGCUGGGGGGCUGACUGAAUUCGCUGAUGGACGGAACCAGGAGAGCACAAGCGAGGCGGUGAAUGCUUACUAUGCGGCUGCUUUGAUGGGAUUGAGCUAUGGAGACAGUCAUCUUGUGGCCAUCGGGUCGACGCUCGCAGCGUUCGAGAUCCGAGCUGCAGAGACUUGGUGGCAUGUGAGGGAGGGAGAAGGAUUGUAUGAAGAUGAUUUCAGUAGGGAGAAUAGAGUGGUUGGAGUGUUGUGGGCUAACAAGAGGGAUAGCGGGCUGUGGUUUGCUCCUCCCCAGUGGAGGGAAUGCAGGCUCGGGAUUCAGGUCUUGCCGUUGUUGCCUAUAACCGAGGCUUUAUUCCGUGAUGUUAGGUUUGUGAAGGAGUUGGUUAAUUGGGCCUUGCCAGCUUUGGCAAGGGAAGGGGUUACAGAAGCGUGGAAGGGAUUUGUUUAUGCCAUGGAAGGGGUCUAUGACAAGGAGUCAGCAUUGGAGAAGGUGAGGGCUCUGAAUGGGUUUGAUGAUGGUAACUCGCUCUCGAAUUUGCUGUGGUGGAUUCACAGCAGGGAUGAAGAUGAGGAGGGAGUUGUGGGAUGGGUGAGAGGCUGCUGGUUUGCUCACUAUUGCCACUGAAGAUGAUGCAGAAUCUCAUGUUGCCGCUGUUCUUCUUUUAGUUCUCUUGGAAUUCAUUUCUCUCGCAUUUUCUUGACAAUUACUUCUAUCUCUUUAGUUCUCUUGGUUAUGGUAUACAAUAUGAUGUAAAGCUUGCUCUCUGAAAUUUAAAUCGGAUCUAAAACAUUAAAAAAGCUGAAUGUUUCCUGCUAAACAAAGCCUCAGUCAUUACAUGAUAUGAGAAA